AUGUCUCCCCCGCGACUAUCACGAAAACGAAAAGCGUCUAUUCAUCCCCCACCGAUUCCUCCGUCUUCCAUCCUUCCGCCGCCCUUCAACCCAAUCCCGAACGGCCGGCCGUGGACCAUCUCCAUUGCCAUCCCGUCCUCCAUCAUCGCAGACCUACAUGCCGAAGCGCAAUCUUAUACAAUUGCCCGAAUAGCCCGCUCACUCGCCAUCUUCUCCAUCGACGAGGCCAUCGUGUUUGCCGACUGCCCCGCCUCCGCCGACCAUGUCGACACAAUCGCCGCCUUAUUAGCGUACCUCGACUGCCCGCCCUUUAUGCGCAAGCACUUAUUUCCUCCUAUUGCUGAUGCCGAGUCUCUACCAGCCCUUGAUGCGCCGCAUCACCCGCAUCCGAAGGAUCCUUGGAUUCCGUACCGCGAAGCCAUCGCCAUCUCUACAGAUCCCGCGACCAGCACCACAGUGGUCGAUGCGGCGCUCGAUGAAACGCUCUCUGUGCCUGGAAUCUUCCCUCCAUCUACUCGACUUACAUUACAUUUUGCCGAUCCCGAUUCUGCCCCUUCGACUGUUCACCCCGAUGUUCCGCGCUCUAAAGGUGGCUACUACUGGGGCUACUCGGUGCGUCGGUCGCCGUCAUUAUCCGCCAUCUUCACAUCCGGCACAGAUAAUUACGACCUAUGCGUCGGUAUAUCACCACAAGGCGCAACGCCGGCCGAGGCGUUCCCAGCAGAGGAACGGGGAAGACGCAGCGGUGCGCCGAGGUUUCGUCGAAUGCUUGUCGUGAUUGGUGGCGACGGCGGUCUUGAAACUGCAGCUAAUAACGAUGAGCGACUGAGGAGCAUAGGCAUUGAAGGCGAAAAGACAGGCGAGCUCUUUGACAGGCUGGUAAGCGUUCUCCCAGGUCAGGGAAGCCGAGCCGUAAGCGCCGAUGAGCUUGUGUAUAUUGCCCUUGCGGCGCUGAAGAAUGUUUGGGAUAUAUAA